AUGAGAAUUGCUAGUAUUGCUACUCUGGCUGCGGUCGCGGCGGUGACUGCAGCCAGUCCGCGCGUGUACGGCCACCGUCAUGCGCAUCAGGUUGUCAAGCGUGAUGCGCGGCCCGACGCCGUGGUUUACGCGCCUGUGACGAUCGAGACAGUCAUCAAGUAUGUGCUCGAUGGCCAUGACAUCUCAGAGGAGGAUGUGCGCGCCGGUCUAGCCAACGGUUCCCUUGAGUGGGGCGCUGACGGUAACCUGUCUACCUCAGCGAAGGCUUCUGAGCCAGUUGCUACCCCGCCACCUGCACCAGUGCCAGCGCCUCAGCCUUCAUCUUUACCGGAGCCGGAGCAGAAACCUCAACCCGGGGCAGAGAAGCCCAGCCCAAGUGAAGCUGCCGCGCAGCCGGUACAGCAGCCAACGUCUACGGCCGCCUCAAAGCCGUCAGACUCGGCACCCGCGCCACAGGUUGAUCCAACAUCGAAGACGGCUGAUGACCUGGUCGACAAGGACGGACACUGUGCUUCCUGCGACAUCGAGUUUCCCAAUGGCAAGUUCGAUUGUUCAGAAUUCCCCUAUGGCUAUGGCGCCAUGCCCAUCACCCACGAGGGCUUGGGAGGCUGGUCUGGGAUUCAAAAGGCAGGCUACAGCGGUUCUGAUGGUUACAACGACAUUGCAACCGUUCCAUCAGGUUCCUGCAAAGACGGCUCUUGCUGCACUCCUGGAAGCUUCUGCUCGUAUGGCUGCCCGAACCCGUACCUCAAACUGUCUUUCCCGAAGAAGCAGGGUGUGACUGGUCAGUCUGUUGGAGGCCUCUACUGCAAUGAGAAGGGCAAGUUGGAGAUGGCAGACGGAAAGCUCGGUAACACACUGUGUGGCGCCAGCUCGAAGAAGAUGACUGUGAAGGUGGUUAGCAAGCUGUCCAAAUCGGUAUCCAUUUGCCGCACAGAUUACCCUGGCACUGAAUCUAUGACAUUUCCGCUCACGCUUGGCCCCGGACAAGAAGGCUAUCUUGCGAGUCCUGACCUGGGCAAUUACUACAUGUGGGAGGGCAAGGCGACAUCCGCCCAUUACUACAUCAACGACCAAGGCAUUUCAGAAGAUGAAGCCUGCACCUGGGCCAAGGAUGGCGACGCGCGAGGUAACUGGGCGCCUGUGAUCUUCGGUACAUCCUUCGACGGAAAGUCGCAGAAGGGUUACUCCAGCCUCAAGCAAAAUGAGCUCAACCGAAAGACUAAGCUCAACUACUCCAUCUCGUUUGAGGGCGACGGCGUUGCUUCACCUUGCAGCUACAAGAAGUCAACAGAUCAGUACUGCCAAGGUGAUUCGUGCUGGACUGUCAAGGACGACCCAAACCGUGGUUGCACUGCUUGUAGCUCGUCUGGCAGCACCCUCACUCUGGUCCUCUCUGACUAG